CCACUUGGAUUUCCUCCUCAAUUUCCCUCUCUCUCUCUCUCCUCUCUCAACUUCUGUGGAUUCCACUGCAUCUCAAUUACACAGCUAUUGAAGUUUAUAUAUCACCAUGUCUCCAGCGGCAGCAGCAGUGUGUCCGGAUUCCAUAGAGGCUAGAGAUGUUUGUAUUGUUGGUGUUGCGCGUACACCAAUGGGUGGAUUUCUGGGUUCUCUUUCAUCUUUAUCAGCCACUAAGCUUGGAUCCAUUGCUAUAGGCAGUGCUCUUAAAAGGGCUAAUGUCGAUCCAUCACUUGUACAAGAAGUUUUCUUUGGGAAUGUUCUCAGUGCAAAUUUAGGACAGGCUCCAGCUAGGCAAGCAGCAUUAGGUGCAGGAAUUCCUAAUACAGUGGUCUGUACCACCAUUAACAAAGUUUGUGCAUCAGGGAUGAAAGCAACUAUGCUUGCAGCACAGAGUAUUCAAUUGGGCAUCAAUGAUGUUGUUGUGGCUGGUGGCAUGGAAAGCAUGUCUAACGUCCCCAAGUACCUAGCAGAAGCCAGGAAGGGAUCUCGACUUGGACAUGAUUCUCUUGUUGAUGGCAUGCUCAAAGAUGGACUAUGGGAUGCUUAUAAUGAUUGUGGAAUGGGAGUUUGUGCUGAACUAUGUGCUGAACAACAUAAAGUAACUAGAGAAGAGCAGGAUGAUUAUGCUGUUCAGAGCUUUGAACGUGGCAUUGCGGCUCAAGAUGCUGGUGCCUUUUCAUGGGAAAUAGUUCCGGUUGAGGUUUCUGGAGGAAGAGGAAAACCAUCAACAAUUGUUGACAAGGAUGAAGGUCUUGGAAAGUUUGACGCUGCAAAGUUGAGGAAGCUCCGACCCAGUUUCAAGGAGACUGGAGGAACAGUUACUGCUGGCAAUGCUUCCAGCAUAAGUGAUGGUGCUGCUGCUUUAGUAUUAGUGAGUGGAGAGAAGGCAAUUAAGCUUGGGUUGCAAGUGAUUGCAAAAAUCACAGGAUAUGCUGAUGCUGCUCAGGCGCCAGAAUUGUUUACAACUUCCCCAGCCAUUGCAAUCCCAAAAGCUAUUUCAAAUGCUGGCUUGGAGGCUUCUGAAGUUGAUUACUACGAAAUUAAUGAAGCUUUUGCUGUUGUGUCACUUGCAAAUAUGAAAUUGCUCGGACUUAAUCCAGAAAAAGUCAAUGUAAAUGGUGGGGCUGUAUCUUUGGGCCAUCCUCUAGGUUGCAGUGGAGCCCGUAUUUUGGUCACACUUUUGGGGGUGUUGAAGCAAAAGAAUGGGAAAUAUGGAGUUGGUGGUGUUUGCAAUGGGGGAGGAGGUGCAUCAGCCCUAGUUGUAGAGCUUCUGUAAUUUUUUUUUAUGUUUGGUAAGUCUCACACGUAUCUAAUUAAGUUAAUAUUCCUGUCACUCCCAAUUUUUUGAAGUAGCUACAAAAUCGAAUUUGCAAUCGGUUUCAUUUUAUGUAGGGAGUUUAAGUUCAUUCUGGUGCUAGUUUAGCAUCCAGGCGGAGUAAGGAAAUUUGAAGGAUCCUAGGAAAUCUGUAGAAAGGAUCCUUUCAUGUGAUGAUCCAUCUUGUUCCUUCAUGUGCCUUGUAAUGGGCACACCAUGGUCUCACUCAGCGAUUGGAGCCGUUCAAUUUGUUGAUUUGAGGGUGUAAAUCGUCUACGCGAAAAUCAGAAAUUCAUAAAGGCUUGGCCGAGUCGUAUUUGUUUUUAGAGCUAUGGAUGUCAAACUUUAAUUGUCCGUUGCACUUAAAGACACAUAUUGUUCGUUCAAAUGGAUGCCAAUGUUCAAUGAA